GUUUUAGCAUCGAGUUACAACGUAUACAGUAACUGUAAGACAGACAGAGUGAUUUUAAAAUUUAUGGUAUACAUUUUCAAGCAUUGAACUGACGUAAGAAUUAUUUGAUUACCAAUUCUUAAUGUCGUUAUUUAUUCUUCAUUCGGCGUCGCCGACGAUUGAAUAAUAAAUGGGUCACAAUGACGUAUGAUGCAGCAUAAUAUCAGAGGGCGAAGAAACGCAGGAACGUAGGCACACGCCACAGAGGAGAGCCAGUCAAUCAAUCUUUAACGCUCUCGCAUAACACUUAUUGGUUAGGAUGCGAGUAACAGCUACGCACGCAGCAAAAUAACAUUAUCAUGUUAAUAUAAUACCUACGUUUUUCCGGAGCGAAUCAAAUGUAUUUUUGACGCGUUGAGCUGCAGUGGACUUGUCUCGCUGAUUUAGACAUUUCAAUCGUUCGCAUCUAAAUAAAUACAUGUUUACAAUUUAGUUAUGAAGAAUUGGAAUACAAAAAAAAUAUCCAGUGCUAUUAUAACUAAGCUUAUAAUUUUCUGUUAUGUUAUCAAUUCUCAAUUUAGUUAUUCGAAAUGCUUGGAAUUCAGAGAUAUUUUGCCAGAGGAUGCAAAGCAAUAUGAUAAAAUGAGACCACCCAAAAUAGAUGGCACGGCAACAAAAGUUCACUUUCAUGUUACGGUGAUGGGCUUAGAUUCAAUCGAUGAAAAUGCAAUGACAUACGCUGCUGAUAUUUUUUUUGCUCAAACAUGGAAAGAUCAUAGGCUUCGUUUACCAGAAAAUAUGACUUCCGAAUAUAGAUUAUUAGAGGUUGAUUGGUUGAAAAAUAUUUGGAGACCGGAUUCGUUUUUUAAAAAUGCCAAAGCUGUUACAUUUCAAACGAUGACAAUUCCAAAUCAUUACAUGUGGCUUUAUAAAGAUAAAACUAUUCUCUACAUGGUCAAAUUAACGUUAACAUUAUCGUGUGCAAUGAACUUCAUGAUAUAUCCACAUGAUACACAAGAAUGCAAACUUCAAAUGGAAAGCUUGUCUCAUACCACUGAUGACAUGAUAUUUCAAUGGGACCCAGAGGUACCGUUAGUUGUCGAUGAAAACAUUGAAUUGCCUCAAUUACAGUUAGUUAAGAAUCAAACUGCUGACUGCACUCAGGUUUAUUCUACUGGAAAUUUUACGUGUCUUGAAGUUAUUUUUGUUCUUAAACGAAGACUUGGGUAUUAUCUGUUUCACACUUAUAUUCCUACCUGCCUGAUUGUCAUUAUGUCGUGGGUAUCGUUUUGGAUUAAACCUGAAGCAGCUCCAGCUCGUGUAACGUUGGGUGUUACGUCUCUAUUAACAUUGUCGACACAACACGCUAAAUCUCAAGCUGCGCUGCCUCCAGUUUCAUAUCUAAAAGCAGUCGAUACAUUUAUGUCCGCGUGUACAGUAUUCGUAUUUAUGGCACUCAUGGAAUAUUGUUUGGUGAACAUAGUGCUCGGUGAUUCCGAUAUGCCACCAAAACCAUUAAAUAAAAAGUCAUUUAAUUUCAGCUUCAGGAGCAACUUUAAGUUAAACGACGGCCACCCGAUCCCGCCGCCUCCGCGUCCGCCGCCACAGGCCACCGCGGCCGCCUUGGCCGCCACAACGGCCCUCGCACAGAGAAACCGCACCCGGGCCAUAAACAUUGAUCGAUUUUCAAGGGUGUUCUUUCCGUUGCUGUUCGCGGUACUCAACAUGACGUACUGGGUCAUUUUUGCACGAUUUUUAUAAUAUCAUUGCGCGCAAUGUGGGGUAUGUCACCCCUUCGCCCUACAUACCUAUUACACUAACAAUACCCAUCGUUAAAUUUAUAAUAUGACUUAUAUCUACUUUCCUUAAUAUAACCACGACAGUAUUUAGAUACCAAUAUACGUACAUACUAGAGAUAUGCGCCUAUAAAGCAGUUUAGGUAUACUUAUACUAAACCAAAACGAUUAUUACUGUACAGGGUUAUUCAAAAAUAAUAAUUAUCCGAUGCUUUUUACCUGACUUUCUUGGUUACUCGAUCUUGAGCAGUGUGACCAAUUUUUUAGGAGAUGUGUUAAAGAUACUGUAUACGCACCAAUAUUAUCAUCAACCAUAGAGAAGAUAAAAAAUUAGCCAAGUCAGUUGCACCCUAUAUGCAUGGAAUGAAUUUGAGUUCCGAUCAUAGAUGUUGUUCGUGUGACAAAAAGAAGCCAAACCAAAUAGGAUAUUUAUAGGUAUAUUGUUGAAUACAUUUGAAGUAUUGUUAUUUUAUUAAAUUUAUUUACUCUGAAUCCAAAAACU